GCCCCUGUCAUGGCGCUGUCCGCCCUGGAGCGGGACCCGGCGGGCGGGGGUCGCUUCUCCUGCCCUGUGCCCCCCCUGUGCCGCACGCGGCCCUGCGCGCUCGGUGUGGACGAGGCGGGCCGGGGGCCUGUGCUCGGACCGAUGGUUUACGCGAUCUGCUACUGCCCCGUGGAGAAACUGGAGGAGCUGGAGGCGCUGGGGGUGGCAGACUCGAAGACUCUGUCGGAGGCAGAGCGGGAGCGGCGCUUUGGGCUCCUGGAGGCUGCGGGGGAGUUGUUGGGGUGGGCACUGCAGGUGUUACCCCCCGACCACAUCUCUGCCUGCAUGCAGCAGCGGUGAGACCCCCCCAGGACCCCCCAAAUUCCUCAGGGAUUCCCCCCCCCCCUUUAACCCCUUCAAUGCCCUCACCUUCCCCAUCCUUACUCCUGUCUCCACCCCCCGAAU